AGAUAUCAUUCAAAGCCUUAAAAAUAUUUUUGAGACACACAAUUGAGAAAAUAUUUGUGUACAAUAAAAAAAUGAGCCAGGCUCGAGUUGAAAAUUUAUGUCCUACGGCGCACCUUCGGGUCAUAUUGCCCUCAUCAAUGGACAAUAACAUGCCUCCACCGUUUAUUGAUAUCAAUAAUAUCCACGAUAUACCACCACCGCAGGCAGACUUCUCUGCUCCCCCACCAUAUGAUGUGGCGGCUAACUCCAAGCUGCCUACAUAUGAAGAGGUGCAGCGUGAGAAGCAAAUGGAAGGAGAGGGACUUCAUCAGAUCCCGCCGGCGAGCCACCCGACCAUCGCGGCGUUCGUGACGGUGGAGCCGCCCGAGGGCGCGGCCGACGCGCUGGACCCCGAGAACAGCCUGCUCGGCACCGACAUCAUGUUCCUCACGUCGUUCUUCGUCGCGUUCCUGUUCAACUGGAUCGGCUUCCUGCUGCUGAUGUGUUUCUGCCACACCGUGGCGAGUCGCUACGGCGCGCUGGCCGGCUUCGGCCUGUCGCUCGCCAAGUGGACGCUCAUCGUCAAGCACUCGACCGAGCUCGCCUCGCACGAGAACUCCUGGCUCUGGUGGCUCAUUAUGGCUUUCGGUAUCCUGAUCUGCGUGCGCGCCGUCAUCCAGUACCUGAACAUCAAGCGCGGCUGGCGGCUGCUGUCCGGCACCGCUCAGGAGCGGCUCCUCUUCUUCUAUUGAGGCAUGUUUGUAAUCUUUUCGAUUGGCACGCACGACCGAUACGCUACGUGAGUAGCUGGAGGUGAUUUCUGUAAACGAUUAAGUUAUUAUUAUUUGCCAAAAAAUUGCACCGUAAGCAAGAUCCUAGGCGCGUUAUCGCAAAAGUGAAACAAAAUUUAGCACAAACGCUUUUCCAUUUGGAAAUGAAUUGAUUUUGAUUCUGAUGCACGAUCGUUAGGCUUAUUUGAUAGGAAUGAAUAGAUCUAUUAUAUAUUUCUAACUUUCUUUUUUUAUUAUACAGGUGAACUGGCAAAUGGGCCACCUAAUGGUAAGUGGUCACCACCCUCCAUUGACAUUAG